AUGCUGCGUCUGUGGGAAAGCGCGACUCUGCUGGUCGGCCUGGCAGCGGCCGUUCAGGGCCUCCUGGUCCGGCAUGACCACUCGUUCCAGCCAGAUUACAUCCUCCGAGUAACCGCAGAGAACUACACUGAAGCAUGCAUGGACCGAUACUCCGUCCUGGUCAACGGCUCACUACCCGGGCCUGAACUGCGCCUCCGAGAAGGUGAAACCAGCUGGAUCCGUGUCUAUAAUGACAUGUCAGAUGCAAACACGACUAUCCACUGGCACGGACUGACUGCAUUCACCGCUCCUUUCUCCGACGGCGCACCGGCCGCCAGCCAGUGGCCCAUUCCACCGGGUCAUUUCUUCGACUAUGAAGUUCGACCGGAGCCAGGGACAGCAGGGACCUACUUUUACCAUUCUCAUGUUGGAUUUCAGGCCAUCACCGCAAAGGGUCCGCUGAUCGUGGAAUCAUGCGAUCCGCCGCUCUACGACUAUGAUGAGGAACGAACCAUCUUAAUAUCCGACUACUUUGGCAAGACCGAUGCCGAGAUCGAAGCAGGACUGACCUCUUCUAACUUUACAUGGAGUGGCGAGACAGAUGCAGUUCUGGUGAAUGGGCACAGUCGACUCGCCACAAACGCCACUGGGUCAUGCGAAUUGGCGGCCAUUGACAUUGAGCCUGGAAAGACGUACCGUCUUAGGUUCAUCGGUGGGACUGCGCUUUCAUUUGUCUCGCUAGCGAUUGACAGCCACGAACUUUCCAUUAUUGAAGCGGAUGGGCACGACACGCAACCGCUAACAACGGACUUUCUCCAAAUCGCCAGCGGCCAGCGGUACAGUAUCCUUCUCAAAGCCAAGAGCGAGGCCGAGCUGAAGGAGAGCAACACGCGCCAGUUCUACAUUCAAAUCACGACCCUCGUGCGCCCUGAGGUCCUGACCAACUUUGCAGUCCUAAACUACAUCUCCGACACACAGCCCGAUCUGACCACUGUCCCCUCCCCUCCCCCUCUCCCUGUAGCCGAAACCGUCCAGGGCUGGCUCGACUACGAGUUGGAACCCGCCGUCCCAGACAACGACUUCCCUACCCUCGACGAGGUAACCCGCCGAAUCGUCAUCGACGUGCACCAAAACGUCAGCGACCACACCAUCUGGCUGCAAAACGGGUACGACUGGGUACAAUCGUUCCCCAAGUCCCCCUACCUCGUCGACAUCUACACGCACAAGCUCAACGUCGAAGAAACGUACCACCGGGCCCUAACGCGCGGCAACGGCUUCGACAAUAUCACACGAACAUUCCCUGCGAAAAUAGGCGAGGUGCUUGAAAUCGUCUGGCAGAACCGCGGGACAGUCAAUAAUGGGGGACUCGACGCACACCCUUUCCACGCACACGGAAGACACUACUACGACAUCGGCGGCGGCGACGGGCUGUACAACGCGACGGCAAACGAAGAGCGCCUAAAAGACACGCAUCCAAUUCAACGCGAUACAUCGGUGCUCUACCGCUACCGCAAGAACACAGAAGUCCUUGCACCAUCCGGCUGGCGCGCAUGGCGGAUCCGCGUCGAGAAUGCGGGAGUGUGGAUGUACCAUUGUCAUGUGCUGCAGCAUAUGGUUAUGGGCAUGCAGACGGUGUUUACGUUUGGGGACCGCGAGGAUGUGAUUGAGCAGUCGGGGUCCGUUGAUGAGGGGUAUUUGGUGUAUGGGGGGUCUGCGUAUGGGAAUGGCGAGAGAGAUCCGCUUGUGCAGCAUUUUAAGAGUUAG